AUGAGCUCGCCUCAGAAGAAGACCGACGCUGCAGCAGAGGAGAAGUCCUCUGCCGGGAUAGAGACUCUCUCUAUCCCCCAGUAUCGCGAGCGUCACAAAGCAAAGCGUGACGCUCUUGCUGCCAAGGCUGCGGCGGGGACAACUCAGCCAGAGAUUGUCCUCGAAGGUUCUUCUGUAGUCAACGAUGCCGUUGACUUCGAGGACGACUACGUGGAGAUGCGGCAAAACAUGCUGUUUGGACGUUCCGGGAACAUGCGCAACGAUGGGGAUUUCGUGUGGGAUCGCAGUAUCUGUCGUUAUCACUUCGGAGACUGGCACAAGACAGUCAAGGGGGUACAGCUAUCCUUAUCUAUCCCCCACGGCGCCUUCUCAGAUCCAAAUGCGCUGUGGAGAGAUAAAUGGUCGUCCCGACUCGUCGCCAUCACGGGUACCUUCGGCAGUCAACGUGCCCCUUUGGACUUCAUCCAGGUGGCCAGCGGUCUGGCCACCAUGUACGCGACUUCACUGGGGUGGCUGAGCUCCGGGUACACGAAUUCGAUGUACCGGAUGGUUGUCGCCGACGGGUCCACGCCAAAGAACGACGUCGGCACUACCAACAACCUCAACAGCACGAACUACGUGUAA